ACCCGCGGUAUCUUCUGCACUUUGGUAAUCUAAUAUGUAAGGUCCCAGCCUGGACGAAAGUCCUCUCCCUGAACCGGGCGAAUAGAAGGAAAGGUGGCUUAGACCGCUAGAGGGAAGAGAAAAGGAGAAAGAGGGAGUGGGUGACAAAAGUAGCUAAGAAUAAAAAAAGGAAGUUUAUUGCUUCUCUCAAGAUGCAUUAAGGAAGUCACUGAAAAUGAGGAAGCGAGGAGGAUUGGUGUCCUGAAGACCCGAAGCACAGUGACGAAGAGCACAGGGGGUCAGGCUGCUGCGGAAAGUUGUGGCGGUGGCGGGGCUUGCUCCUCCGUCUUACGCUUUUCUCUUGAGAACUCAGUCUCAGCGCACCGGGAGAGAGAGGCUGCCGCUGCCGGGAACCCGAGUUGGAGGAGCUACGGUGUCCUAAGCCCUUGAAGAAUUCGAACUUUGAGCCUGAAAGGCGGUACCCUGGUGAACCAAUUCUCCCUCCUUCCCUUCUCCCCAUGGCCACUCUAGAGAGCAUCUAGUCAGUGGGUGGGGAGAACUCGGCCCUGGGAAGCUUUGCGCCUACUCCCCUCGCCGUGGGCCUCGCUCUCCUCGCGUGGUUUCUCUACCUACAGUCAGGUACAAGAGUGUUGCUUUUGGCUUAAUAAGUGGCCAUGGCAACCAGCAUGGUUGACAAUGCAAACCACUUACCCUUUUUCUUUGGCAACAUCACCCGUGAAGAAGCAGAAGAUUAUCUUGUUCAGGGGGGAAUGAGUGAUGGACUCUACCUACUUCGACAGAGUCGCAACUACCUGGGUGGCUUUGCACUAUCUGUGGCUUUUGGAAAGAAGGCUCAUCAUUACACCAUUGAGAGGGAGCUGAAUGGGACAUAUGCCAUUGCUGGUGGGAGGACCCACAUGAGCCCUGCUGAACUCUGCCUUUAUCAUUCUCAAGAGUCUGAUGGUCUAGUCUGUCUUCUGAAGAAAGCUUUGAAUCGGCCACCUGGAGUAGAACCCAAGACUGGUCCGUUUGAAGAUUUGAAGGAAAACCUCAUCAGAGAAUAUGUAAAACAGACGUGGAACUUGCAGGGUCAAGCUCUUGAACAAGCUAUCAUCAGUCAAAAACCACAACUGGAGAAGUUGAUUGCUACCACUGCUCAUGAGAAGAUGCCAUGGUUCCAUGGGAAGAUCUCUCGGCUUGAAUCUGAACAGAUUGUCUUAAUAGGGUCAAAAACAAAUGGAAAAUUUUUAAUACGGGCAAGAGACAACAAUGGGUCAUAUGCUCUCUGUUUACUCCAUGAAGGAAAAGUUCUACAUUAUCGCAUUGAUAAAGAUAAAACUGGAAAACUCUCUAUCCCUGAUGGAAAAAAGUUUGACACCCUUUGGCAGCUGGUUGAGCAUUAUUCCUAUAAACCAGAUGGACUCUUAAGGGUUCUUACUGUUCCAUGUCAGAAAAUUGGCUCAGAAAAUGGUAACAUUGACUUUGGGAUGUCACGACCACCUCUUCCAGCUCUUCAUCCUAGGAGUUGGUCAACGGGUGGAAUUAUCUCAAGAAUCAAAUCAUACUCCUUUCCAAAGGCCGGCAACAAAAAGUCACGUUCUCCCAAUGUUAACCGAGCAGAAAGUUCAGUGGAACUUAAUCCUUAUGUGCUACAGAGGGCAGAUGGUACCACUUUGGGAGCUGAACUAGGUAUGCAGAGGGACGCCUUACCAAUGGAUACUGCAGUCUAUGAAAGUCCCUAUGCGGAUCCAGAAGAAAUCAGACCCAAAGAGGUGCGUCUGGACAGAACUUUGCUGACUUUGGAAGAAGGAGAGCUUGGCUCUGGUAACUUUGGGACUGUAAAAAGGGGUCGCUAUAUGAUGAAAAAAGGUGAAAAGUUAGUGGCUGUAAAGAUACUCAAAAAUGAGACCAAUGACCCUGCAAUUAAAGAUGAGUUAUUAAGAGAAGCAAAUGUCAUGCAACAGCUAGACAAUCCUUACAUUGUCCGAAUGAUUGGGAUAUGUGAAGCUGAAUCCUGGAUGUUAGUUAUGGAGAUGGCUGAACUUGGUCCACUCAAUAAAUAUCUGCAGAAAAACAGACAUGUCAAGGAUAAGAAUAUCAUAGAAUUGGUUCAUCAAGUUUCUAUGGGGAUGAAAUAUUUGGAGGACAACAAUUUUGUGCACAGGGAUCUGGCUGCAAGAAAUGUAUUGCUAGUUACCCAACAUUAUGCCAAAAUCAGUGAUUUUGGACUUUCAAAAGCACUUAAUGCUGAUGAAAACUAUUACAAGGCACAAACUCAUGGAAAGUGGCCAGUCAAGUGGUAUGCUCCAGAAUGCAUCAAUUACUACAAAUUCUCCAGCAAGAGUGAUGUUUGGAGCUUUGGAGUGCUAAUGUGGGAAGCAUUUUCAUAUGGACAGAAACCUUAUAAAGGAAUGAAAGGAAGCGAAGUUUCUGCAAUGCUAGAAAAAGGAGAGCGGAUGGAGUGUCCUGCGGGUUGUCCAAGUGAAAUUUAUGAUCUGAUGAAACUAUGUUGGACAUACGACGUUGAAAACAGACCUGCAUUUUCAGCUGUUGAAUUGCGACUACGCAAUUACUACUAUGAUGUUGUUCAUUAACAGAUCCAGAAUCUCAACUCUUGUUUCCUUUGGGGAAAAAUCAUAGAAACCCUGCCUCAGACAAGCUAUGAAAGAAAAUUCCAUAUACUUAAAUGAAUUUAACUUACAUUUUAUUGAUAAUGCCAAAGCCCACCAUUCAGUGUUACGAGAUUGCAGAACAAAAACGGUCUGUAACACAAUUGUUGUUAUAGUUUCCUUUGCUUACAUUCAGCACAGGCUUUGUCCAAAGAUAGAUACUUUAAAAAACAAAUAUGGAUACACAAUAACAUUGAAGGGGAAGGGA